AUGUCCUCCUGGAGAUUGUGAGUUCACUUUUCCUUCUUUUUGAGAAAACCUUUGAUUUGCUCAGGAAAUACUCGCUCGUACCUGGUCCUGAGCGGAAGAACUCUCAGAUUUUCUCGGCGUUUCUCGUGCUCGCCCUCGUCUGCCUCCUCUAUUUCCUUGUCGUUUCCAACUUUGACGUGGUGAGAUUGUGGUAUCGAUUGAGAAAAAGAUAAGAAACACUUUUCAGAUUGAACUGUCUGAAUCACCGAGUUCUUUAAGUUUACGCGGCAAGUUUGUGUUGAAUGGAAGUGUAAGUUCCUAGAGGAUUGCAUCAAAACAAAACUGUACAUUACUUACAGCUCUCGGACCUCAUUCCAUUCAAACUUUUCAACAAUGAAAACCAAGAAAGCCCGAUGAAAACGAAAAGUCGAAUUGCAAUUGUGAUGGUAGUGACAAAUGAUACGAACCCGGAGAACUACGACAUUGCAAUUCGUGAGCACUCAAAAAGCACUUUUGCAACGCAUCUUCUGGAACUUUCAGAGACCAUCAGAUGCUACUGUCAAAUCCACAGCUACGAGUUCAUCCUGGCAGUCGAUUCGGACUUUAAUUGUGCGCACAAAGACGUCCGUACUCAUCCGAAUCGUAUCCUUGAAGUUCAAAGUUUCAGAAAUUCUUCCGAAGACAUUGCGCGGCCGCCAAAAUCCUCCCACUCUUCGAUGCCAUUCUAUUCUUGGAUGCAGACAUUGGCAUUGUGAAUCCCAAACGGAAGAUUGAAGAAUUCAUGACGGACGGCGUCGAUGUGACUUUUUAUGAUCGUUUCUAUAAUUGGGAAGUGAUGGCCGGCUCGUACAUCGCCAGGAACACACAGUAUUCAGUCGACUUGCUCAAUGAUUUGGCUGAUUACGAGUUCAAACUUCCGAAAAGCUUUCAUGGAACCGACAAUGGAGCACUACAUGUACGUCAUUGUUUUGUGCCACAACUACUAUUUUUUAAUUCCUCAGAUAUUCCUGGCCGAAAAGCUGUUUCCACAUGCGUCCAUCGAAAUUGACAUAUGUCGAAAGGUGUACAACAAAUCGGAAAGCUUCGACGAUCUGUUCACCUACGAAGCAUGCAUCCGAGCCAUUUUUGGAGCUGGCACUAAUUUUGGGAAAGUACGAAUUAUGAGAAAAGUGAGUAGUUCGAUAGGGGUUCCCAAAUCUAGUACGGAAAAGUUUUAGGGGACAGGGUGGGCGAGAGAUGGCUGGCUGACCAGUAUGUUGUGGCACCCAGACCUGGAUUUCAUGUUCCACGGAUGGAAAACCGGACAGUUGAGAGAGACGCCAGCAGUUCCUUUGAAGUAAGUUCUCUUUUUUGUACCGAAAAAUCCCCAUAUUCUCUAGACCAAACCAAAUGGGCCGGAGUCACUGGUACAAUCCCCUGCGAGGUCCGAUCCAUUUGCUCAAGUGCAAUCCACAGAACACCACGUGGCAGUACGAUCCACGGUUGUUCGGAAAGAAGGAAGAGAUUCUGGAAAGCCUUCGAAAAUUCGAAAAGGAAGUGGCCGUGCAGCAGGUCAACUCGUACUCCAGAAUGACCGCCAUGCUUCUGCGAUGA